GCCAUGAUUGAUUUUAGCGUUGUUUCAAGAUUGUUCCCGAACAAAAGUUUACGUUAAUUGUGGGAAAUCACAGUGAUUUCCAAGUUGGUUAUUGUGAUAUAAGAUAUAAGGAAGUUAGCAGUUUCUUAGAUUUCCGUAAUAAUAGCAACGUUUGAAAUGACGAUAAAUUCAAUUUUUAGAAGCUAAGGAUGCCAAUUCAUUUACUAUUGUGAUUAAUGAGUGAGCAAUGUGAGCAUGGAGAAUUAAAAAAUUCAUCAAUUUUCUUUGUUGCUCGGUAACUGACCUUGAAAUUCUGUAACCUUUUAAAAUGUCUGGGCACCGCAGCUAACCUCACAGUUUGUUUACAUUUUGUAAAACUGUAUGGAGUACAAAAUAAUCAUUUAGGAGUUGAAUUGAACAGCUUGAAAGAUGUAAAUUUCAACAAACACCUAAAUUACAGUAUUCAGAAUGGUUGUGGAUGUGUCUGUGAGGAGUUUUCAAACUUACAAAAUGCAACCAACUGGUAUGAAUCCAAAGGAAUUGUCUGAUAAUGAUGAUAUUGCCACCUCAGUGGUUUUGGAUCCCCAUUUGGGGUUUACCACCCACAAAAUGAACAUACGUUUCCGAUCUCCAAGAACUAAUAAUGCAGAGCUCAAAAAUAUAAUUGAUGAUUUUAUUUGUAAUCAGGAUUAUGAUGAAGCUUUCACUAAAAUCACAAAGGGAGAAUGGUUACCUAGGAUAAAAUCAAAGAAUAUGUCAAAGAAGUUGGAAGAUCAUAUUUACAGAUAUUUGAGGGUGUUUGAUAAGGACUCUGGAUUUGUGAUUGAGCCAUGCUAUAGAUAUUCUCUGGAAGGUCAGAAAGGGGCUAAAAUAUCAUCUACCAAAAAAUGGUACAAAAAUGAGAAAAUUGAGUGUUUAGUUGGGUGCAUAGCUGAACUAACUGAAGAAGAAGAGAAACAGCUGCUCCACCCUGGCAAAAAUGACUUUUCUGUGAUGUACAGUUGCAGAAAAAAUUGUGCACAACUGUGGUUAGGUCCUGCUGCUUAUAUUAACCAUGAUUGCAGGGCAAAUUGUAAGUUUGUGGCAACUGGACGUGAUACAGCUUGUGUCAAAGUGCUUAGAGACAUUGAAUUUGGUGAAGAAAUAACUUGUUUUUAUGGUGAGGAUUUUUUUGGGGAUAAGAACUGUUAUUGUGAGUGUGAAACUUGUGAAAGGAGAAAGACAGGUGCUUUUGCUAAAGAAGCAGACCAGAAAGAGGAAAAUGGUUAUAAAUUAAGGGAGACUGACAACCGCAUUAACAGAACUAAGGUCAAGGUACAUGGUGUUGGUAAUAAGGUGAUGGGUUGUCAUGACCAUUUACAGGAAAAUGGUAAAAUCAUGACUCCUUUGAGUAUUAGAGAGUUGCGCCAAAAAGGCCUAACAAAAUAUGAUGCAGAAUUGCUCAUUGCUCAAGGCUGUAAGUUUUCUGAUAUAGGUGAUUUUAACCAUAAAAAAGAACAAAAAAGUGUAUAUAAACCUACAAGAAAGUGUACAAAUAGAACUAAAAAAUCUGUGAUAAAUGAAACAAACACUACUUCAACCAUUAGCACUAGGGCUUCAAGGAUGCAGAGACGUAAUGCCAGUCAGGCAAACCAUGAGCUUAUGCAAGCUGCCACAAGGACUCUGUCCCGUUCCAAUCUUUUAGAUGAUCUCCAAAGUAAUGCCAGUAGCUGUCCAAGUACUUUUAGUGAUAAUGAUCCAGUGUGUGAUGCUGCACAAGAAGAAAACAAGUUCAAUGAUAGGCAUGAGAGUGGCAAUGGAGUAUUCCAAACAGACCCGGAAGACACGAACGGCGUGUCGGGCAUCACCUUGCGCAACCACAAAUGUUUGAACGAGUCCAAACCCGAGGGUCUGCCGCAACUGCCCUCCAUCCUGCCCCACGAUGUCGUCAUGAAAGAGGCUGCCCAGGUCGAUUGCAACCAGAACGGGAUGACGGACGAGAAGAUCCACUUCAACCACACUUCCGUAGAAAGAUCCAACAGUGCUAACAGGAGGAGGACAAGGAACUCGAACAGAGUCGACACGAUAGAAGAAGCGAAAUGCGAGGAAGCCGUACCUUUUGAAGGGUUGCCCGAAGUGAUAGCUGUUCAUGAAAAAGAGCCCAUCGAGAUCGAGAGAAGCGACCCGACGCCGAACAGCGACGUCUACGAGUUCAACGACGACGACACCUCAGACGACGUCACUCUCCGCCAAACGCGAACCGACCCCGAGCCGCCCGAAGUGGCCCGAGUCGAACCGACGGCCGCCGAGCCCGAGCCGUCGGAACCGGACAUCGCCGAGCGCGUUCAACCGCCCGUGUGCGUUCAGAGGACGCCGGAGAAGGGCGGCCGCCUGAAGCUGACCUUGAGGAUGAAGCGCAGCCCCGUGCUGGACGAGGUGAUCGAGUCGGGCACCAGCUUGUCGGACGAGUACUUCGAGCCGGAGUACGAGGUGUUGAGGGUGGAGGGGAUGGAGGAGAGCAUUGUCGAUGCGUACGCGCAUAGGAAGAAGCGGCACAAGUCGAAGGAUAGGAAAAGGGAAAAGCGUUACAAGCAUUCGGAGGAUUUGCCACAGAUCUCCAUGAAACGGUUGAGAUUGAAGUUUGGAAACGAGAGUCAUACAAUUGAUUUCCCGUCCACUAGUGAUAACUGUGAGACUUGAUGCAUGGUAAUUGUAGAUUUUUAGCCUUUUUCGUUUUUCAGAGGGUACUAGGUAACGCGAUGGUGGCAAUUUGACGUUGCAUGACACACUACUUUCUCAAAUGGAAUUUGAGAAAUGACAAAUAGAAUAGGCUUGUUUGUUAUUGUCCAAAUAACAAAUAUGUCAC